GCUGACGUUUGUGUGGUAAACAUAACCUCAAUUCCACUUUGACUUUUUGGUGAAUUAUGCUGCCGGUUGGAAAUGAGUGUAUUGUUUUCUUUUGAAAAUUGUUCGUUGAUUUCACACGAAAAUUUUAUCAACCGAAUUUACGAUGGGGUCACUUCCAGUGACAGUGAACGUGCUAGCUAUAAAAUCAAUCCGGACUUAUUUGAAUUGAAUGUUCCGUAUCGAUACAAAACUCCCGAUGAAGCCCAAACAAAAAAGAGACAACGGAAAAUAAUCAACAAAACCAACAUUGUGGUGGCUGCAGAGCAUCGUGAAGAAUUUGAGUUGAUUGAAAGACUUAAACGAAAUGUAUCCAAUUUCAUAGCCAAAUGCCACGAACAGAAUGUAUUACCAAGUUUCGAAAGGGAUGAGGCAAAAACGAUGACUAAUGAAAAGCUAAAAUUGUUUCUGGAUCAAUGGCAAUCGGUUGAAUGCUUGUACGGGGACAAUUUUAAAGGAGGAAAUGACUCAAAAAAACCAGUCGUCGUUGAAUUGAACGGCACAAGCCAUAUCGUUCCACCAAAGUGCACAUUUUCCAAUGCAAACAUACAAAAUAUUGAUCGAAUUGAACCAGCCAAUGGUUAUGAUUUGGUUGUAAUGGAUCCACCAUGGUGGAAUAAGUACGUACGACGAUCGAGAAAAUUCAAUAGUGACAAUAGUUAUCAAAUGCUAAGCAACGACCACAUCGCAAGCAUUCCAAUCGAAAUGGUAACGCAGCCAAACAGAACAUUAGUGGCCAUUUGGUGCACGAAUGCACCGUCCAUGAUUCAAGCCGUAAAAGAAACAUUCCUUUCCAGAUGGAAUCUGCAGCUCUUGGCAACUUGGUAUUGGAUGAAGAUCACCAAAUACGGCGAGCCAAUUUGUGAUUUCGAUUUGCCACUGAAGAAACAACCAUUUGAGCGACUUUUCAUUGCCUGUCACAAAGACAACACACACGACUUCAAUAUCCCCAACGAACGGAUGAUAUUCAGUGUACCAAGUUCGAUUCACUCGCACAAGCCACCACUUCAAGAUCUAUUUAUACCAUACUUUACUAAGUCGGCCGACGAAGUGUCAUGCUUGGAGCUAUUCGCCAGAUAUUUAUUACCGAAUUGUACAUCGAUCGGUUUGGAGGUGUUAAAACUACAAAAUUUACAAUUAUUCCAUAAGACAAACAUGUAAACACGUGAAUAAAUCGAAUGCAUUGCGAAUUUAAAAAGAAAAUGUUGCAGUGAAGAGUGGUGACGCUUAGUGGCUGUGGCCAUUUGUGAGCACCGUUUUGUAGCCGACUGGAUUCAUCUUUUGCCAUCGCCAGAAAUCGGAACACAUCUGUUCAAGCGAACGAUUCGCCUUCCAUCCAAGCUCACGUUCGGCCAAAGAACUGCAGGAUAUCAAAAGAAACGGAAAAUUACUUCAUCUCAUGAAUCAAUUCGAAUUUUGUUCAAGUUUUUAUUAUUUAUUAGAUUUUGUCAAUCAAUAUAACAAUUAAAACGAUAGGUAAUGGAAAAAAUGGUCACUUACGGAUCGGCAUACAUCGUUGAAAUAUCGCCUGCACGGCGAGCCUCGAAUGUAUACGGAACUGAUACGUUAUUUGUUUUCUCAAAGGUGUUGAUGAGGUUCAAGACAGAGACACCGCGACCUGUACCCAAAUUAUAGGCCUGCAACAAGAGGAAAUUGUUCAGAUUUGCAACUUUUCCAUUGAUUUGAAGCUAAUUUCGUCUAUUGAUUGAAACAUUUUUGAUUUUAAUCUGAUCAGUCAGAUAUAGUAAUUAUUAUAGAAUUUUGAGUAUUAAGACUUUUUUCCAAUAAUAUAUUCAAACCAAGAGAUGAAGCAGAAAAAAUGAAUAAAUUUGUUUGCAUUUAGACGACGAUGCUUACCUUAA